GUCAGUCAAUUUAUAAUACGAAACAAUGCAUGAGUUUGUAAUCAAUGUACAAAAUGAAACUACGAAGCUAUAUGAUCAACUCAACAUAAUUUUAUACAUUUUAGGCUUGCAAGGCAUAUGGGUUGACGAGAUUAAAUUAUCGCGAAGAUUUCAUGUUUUUUUUAAGGUUGUUACUUUUAUUUUACACAUUAUGUGUGGAAUGUUCGCUGGCCUUCAGUUUUUCGCUAUUUUCACGCAAAAUAGCUUGAACAGCCAACAAAAAUCAGACGUCAUUGUAAUCGGUAUAUCGAAUCCGAUGGCUUAUAUCUUUUGCAUCAAUUUCAUACGCAAUAGAAACGAGAUUAAAGACUUAUUUUAUCAUUUGGCGGUUGUUCUCAAAAUAUAUUACAAUGAUGUAGAAAUUGAAAAAAGUAUGGUUAACAAGAUAAAGUCCUACUUAAGCACUUAUGUGUUUGCGUCUAUUACAAUUCUAGUCAGUAAUGGUAUUAUUGCAUUUUUUCAAACAAUUAACUCAGACGAACCAUUCUUAGGAAUAAUAACAGCAUGGCCAGAUAAAACUGAUACCUCAAAAACUGCUAGUUACGCAAGGAUCGGUUUUUACUUAUUCUGGUGCAUUCACUUCUUUAGAAUCUCAACAGUAUUUGCUGUCAUAGUAUGUAUCUUGAUAAGUAUCAAGUAUCAGUAUAAAUUUUUAUGCAGCUACUUUGAAAGUCUGAACAAAAUCUUUGAUGACGAAACUUCAAGCCAUGAAGUUAAAGAGGCUGAAUUUGAAAAUGCUUUCUGUAAUGGAAUAAAAAUACAUACGCAAAUAAUUUGGUGUGUCAGAAGAUGUCAAAUUAUGUGUCGGACCGUGUUCAGUGCUAAUAUUAUGCUGGACACCUUUGUUCUCGUCAUCUUGAUGUUGGCGAUGGUGAAUUCAGAAAAUGACUUCUACGGCUUGUGCUCACAAAUGUCAUCGGUACUGGUAACCGUUGUCCUGAUGGCGUUCUUUAUGUGGACAGCCGGAGAUAUUAACGUGCAGGCAUCACAACUACCCGACGCCAUCUACGGUUCGGGCUGGUACAACUGUCGUGGAAAGUCCUCAGCUCGUAUUAGAAGCUUGGUCACUAUCUCCAUGAACAAAGCACAGCAACCAAUACUGAUGUGGGCACUAGGAUUUGUCGAACUUUCACACAAGAAUUUUGUAGCGAUCAUCAAGAGCGCCUACUCUGUUUUUUCAGUAUUUUACUAGACAAACGUACAUCAAAUUUAAUUAUUUUACCUAAGUCUUGAUGAAGAAUAAAAUUAUCUAUGAAGCGUAAAAGGUAUACACUAUAGGUGCACG